AUGUCACGGUUAGGGAGUUAUUCUCGAACUUUGGACGAGAUCUUUGCCAUGAGUGCACCAAAGCCGAGACAAUCCACAAAUGGUUCUAAUGGUACUAGUACGACGGGAUCUAAAGGUAGCUAUUAGUUGAUAUAUCUUUUGAUACUUCUAUUCACUUUGAAGGCUUUAAAACUAAUAUUCAAAUGUUAUUUUCAAAAAUGUUUUAAUUUUGCUAUAAAUGACAAUUUUAUACUAUUAACUUAAAACUUGCAACUUGUGUGGCUACAAUUAGGUUAGUAACUUAUAAUUUAAUUGAAGUGUUAGAGUCAUCCCGUUCUCCCAUCGCCGCCUUGGGUGACAGGCCCACUACAAGGCACGGUCGAAGCUCAGAGUCUUCAUCGUCCUCAAACAAAACUGAAAGCAACAAACCCGAAAACAACGAGGUAAGACUGUUAUUACAAUAUUAUGUACAACUUCAAUAAUACCACAACUCCUACCUAAUUAACCGUAUUACUAAAGCUAUUACAGAAUUCUCGCAGUAGAGUAGAUGUGUGGACACGAGAGGACAGUACGGAGAAGGUGGCUGGACAAUUAGAUUCUGCAGAGUAGGUGCCAUUCUUGGUGUAAUAGAGUAUGUCAUGUGUAACAUUAGUACUUUUAUACAAAUAGUUACACUUUUUGUGUAAUAUUAACGUGUCUUAAUCAUUUAGCACGUUUUCUGUCAUCUUAUGUUUACCGAUACUUAAUGGACUUUGUGACACUGAAGUAUAAUUUUAGGUUGAUUCGUGCCUUAGGCUCAAAACGAAGAAACAUAGCUGAUUCUCCAAUUAUGGAGAACGAAUUGAGCGAGAUCUCGAGCAACUCCAGUGAUGCCAGUACCUCAAACAACGAAGUGAAGCCGUUCAAUCAGAAUCGAAGCCUCAAAACUACACCGUCAUCGAACCCCACAACAGCAGAAUCCUUCAAACUUCAAUCGAUUCACACAGCCACAUCCUCGAGCAGUAACAGUAGGGAUAGCGAGAAGACCGGCUCCAGACGAUCGUCCUUGAAAAUGGCUUCAGUUAAUGGUUCCACGGAGUCAAGGGAGGAAUCAGAUGAAGCCGAUCUACAACAAGAAUUAGAUGAUGUUGGUAGUGUCGUAUCAAGAAGGUCAUCAAUAGGGUCACACAGAGAUUCCACAGGGUUCAAAAGAGGAUCAGUACAGUCAAGAAGGGAUUCAGUGGGGUCACGAAGGUCAUCUACAGGAUCAAAGGCUUCAAAGCAAUCGUUAACAAAGGUUGAAGCGAUUACCGUACCCAAUGGUGUUACAGUACGAAGUGAUUCUGGUAAAGGACAAAGGAAACUGGGAAGUGCGAUAAACCAAGUCGAAGUUGCUCAAAGCGGUCGAGUGAAUGGAUUGCCCAGUAAUCGACCAACUACUUUCACCAAGGAUAACACAAGUGUUCAGGUAGGUUAUAGUUUACUGCGGGGCAUUUUGAGGCAUAUUUAUUUUAAAAGUGACUAUUUAAAAUGUUUUUAAAGUAUGGUUUAUAUAGUAAGAUUACAUAUUUAUUCGGACUAGUAAUGUAAAGUUGUGGCGGGAGAGAUGACUGUAUGUUUACUAUAUCAGACUAUUAUUAUAAAAUAUUGCUGGUUGAUAAGAAAGAAGAUACAAUUUUAAAAAGCACUUUGUACACAAUAAUGUUGUAGAUGAUAUCUGAAGGACCUAGAGACUUAAACAAUAUACUAUCUAACAAAUUGAAAGUUAAGAUAAGUAUUUUAGAUAUUGAAAGGAAACGUGAUAAAUGAUAAGGUAUCCAGUUUGAAUAAAUAUUAUUCAUCUUCUUCUAGAAAGUAG